GACGGCGUCCUCUACGAGAGCGAAAGCGACGACACCGACCCUGCGUCCUCCGUCGUCGCCGGCAGCGACUCCGAAAGCUUCGACGACGAAGGCUUUGAGGAAGAGGAGUACGACGACGAUAUCUUCACCCGCUAGCCCCUUCAUGUACCCUUUCUCUGAAUGUAAAACCAUCCCACCCAUCUACCCGCUACAAACCAGCAUUUCCGCAUCGGGCAGCUGCCCUGCCACCCGCCAUCCGUACCGGUCCUUCUCGGCUGCUCCUCGGUCCGUUGGCAGGGCCCGCAGCGCGCUAGCGCGUUUAGUCGCGGAUUUGCUGCAGCGUUGCUGGGCGGGCGCGUUCCCGUUGUGGGGCACCAUGCCGCCGGAUUUGUAUGCGCGGCAGAAGCAUUAUUGUUGCAGGCCUCGGUGCUCGAGGAACUAUAAAAGAGCAGGUUCCCUGCUGGUUGGUUCUCUGCGGGGGAUUUGCUGCUGCUGUGCUCGUUCUUUCUUCCUGCUAGGACGUUGUAGUUGGUUUCUCUUUUUUUCUUUCUCCUCUCUUUCUUCUCGUUGUGUAGUUUUUUGUUUUCUCCCUCUUUUUUCUUCUUUCCUUUAGCAACCCAACUCGAUCUAUUUUUUCCCACCCCAAUAGUUUGACCUAUUUUUGUUUUCAAUACUUCUCCAGUAUCCCCUUGAAA